AUUCCAUAAUGGAAAAAUGUCUUGAAAACUUACCAUGGAAAAGUUUUAAUUGGUAUGGAAGAAUAACAAUCCUUGUCUUUAGUAUAAUUGGCAUAGUCGUUUCUGGUUUUUCAAUAACUUUAUAUGGUGAUACAUCGUUUCAUUGUUAUAAUGAUAAAGUAUCAAAUUCCAAGAAAAAUUUUCUCGUGAAAAACGUUGAAUCAAGUUGUUUCAGACAAUACAAAGAUGGGUUAACCUUUCAGUAUUUCAGUUUACUUUUAGUGUGUUUAAAUUUUGGCAUUGUUUUAAUUUGGAGUAUUGUUUAUGCGUAUUACGUGAAGCGUCGAGUCGAACAUUUUGAUCACUUCAGUCCAACGAAAAGAAGUGAUGACGAAAAUGAACCUCGAUAUACGGGAAAUGGUGAAGACACUCAUCGUUUUACCACGUUUUACAUUUGGGUCGUUUAUUUGGUUGUUCGCUUUAUUAUUUUGUCUGUAUUUGUUGGAAUACUUUUCUCAGCCCAAUUUCCCGUUGACUACUCCUGUUCGUGGCAUCCAACAAUGAAAGAAACAUUCUUGUCAACUUACAACAUUCCUAUCUCAUACAACAUCACUUUGUUUCACUGUAAAAAUCCAAACGGUGAUAAAAGUGAAUUGUUGAUUCAAACUGUUGCAUCUGUUGACGUCAUUAUAAUGAUGCUGACAACUUUAGAGCUGUGUUGGUUGACGUAUUUGGCUAUCGAUGACAAGUUUUUUACAACAGAUAGAGAAUUUUGUUCUGUUUACUUGCUGCAAAAACAUGAAAGAUUUCGAAAAUGGUUGGCAAAAAUUAAAAAAAAUUUUGACUCCAGAAACACAUUAUUUGAAAUACAUGACGAUUUUGGUGAUAAAGAAAUGUGUUGGAAGAAUCUUGACGAUAUUUAUGUCAACGUCAUAAUACAAACGGAACGAGAAACAAAAAAUGCUUACCCUAAAGUUUUUGACAGACAUGAAAUAUUUGAUUGUCAUCUCCAAAUUACAGACGAUGCUAAAAAACUGAAAAAAGGGACCGAAAUUUUCAUGCCAAUUCGUGCACAAAGUCAACCGUAUCCAAGAUCAAUUUUAGUCGUCGGAAGGCCAGGAAUUGGUAAAACUAUGUUGACAAAAAAACUUAUGUAUGAAUGGAAAAAUACUACAAAUCAAUUUUGGAAUGAUAAACUUGUUCUUUUAUUGCGAUGCCGUGCCCUUGACAGUGUUGACAUUAGCUUGAAAAACAUGUUAAAAUACUGUGAUGGAUUGUCAGAUCAACAUUUCUUACAAUCCUACAAUUUUAUUCUUUUAUAUCCAGAAAAAACUGUCCUUAUCAUUGACGGUCUUGAUGAGCUACCUUUUGACGAAUUUCUAAAUACUGAUGGACCAGUAGAUGCUGCUGCUGAGAUGCCAGCGUUCAAAUUAUUAAGUAUGUUGGUUAGUCAUAAAUUUCUGCAAGAUGUAACUGUUCUUGUAACAUCACGACCCACCGCUGAACGCGCUUUUGAUCUUCUUAAGUUUGACAGGAAAGUAGAGAUCUUGGGGUUCUUUGAAGAUCAGAUUAAAGAAUAUGUCCAAAAGUUUAAUAGUGAAGACAAUGAAACUACUGAGCUGAUUUUAAACUGUAUUGAUAAUUCUAUUGAACUUCGUAGCCUGUGUUAUAUUCCCGUCAACACUUACAUUGUCUGUUUGACCCUGAAGGAAUGCUUUGUAAAUAAUGCAGAGGAUAUUCCAAAGACUACAACUGAAUUGUACAAAAGAGCAGUAAAAAUUUUGUUUUGGAGACACCAUCCUCGUUUUAGAGGUAAAUCUUUGCCAAAGGAUUAUCUUGACGAUGACUUGCCAAAGGAACUUGAGAAAGACUUGCAUGUUAUUAAAAGCCUUGCGAAAAAGGGUAUUGAGAAAGGUAGUUGGAUUUUUAAAGACUCGAAUCUCUCACAGUCACCUCAAUUGGUUAAUUGCGGCUUCUUUCAUCAGAUACAAGACAAGCGACGCAAUCUUUAUUGUUUCAUACAUUUGACUCUUCAAGAGUUCUUUGCUGCAUGGUGUAUUGUUGACGAUUGGCAAAACAUUGGAAAGUUUUUAGACGAUUAUCACGAAGAUCCAAAAUGGUACAUGGUCAUAGAGUUUAUUGCUGGUUUAGUCGGAGAUACAAAAAAAAGUGAAAAGAUGAAAGACAUCAGUGUUGUUACAAACAGGUUAGAAAGUUGGAUCUCACAUUUAUUUUUCUCUGAGGGUAAUAAAGUACUUGGUUUUCUUGGAAUGAAAUGCUUAUACGAAUUACAUGACGACGAUGAGAUGAGAUCAGCUUGCGAGUCAAAUAAUUUCUCUGAAACAAUAUCCAUUGAUAACGUUUCCUUCACGCCUCUUCAUUCAAACGCCUUCUUUGAAUUUCUUUCCGAAUGCCGACGAUUAAAAAAGUCAAGUUUUUUUCAUGCCAAUUUCCUGAUAAUCAUAGCGUCGUUAGAUUGUCAAAAUAUUUGUCAAAUGCAACAGCAUGCAAUGUAUUUUCUUUGAAAAUUAACUCUUGUCGUUUUAGUAAUAUAUCAAAACAUCUUAGUGAAGCUUUAAAAAGCGAAAAUUGUAAACUUAGUGAUUUGGAAAUUAGGAAAAACAAUAUAGGUGAAGAAGGUGCUAAACAUCUUAGUGAAGCUUUAAAAAGUAAAAACUGUAAACUUA